AUGGUUGCAAAGAAAUUGUCACUGAAAUCCACAAACAUGUUAUUGGACAUUAUCUUUUCCUUAAGAUCCAAUCCUAUAUGGAUAUUGCCUUCAAUGGUGAUGAUAGGAGUUUCUUUGUGUAUUGUGUAUGAUUAUAUGUUUCCACCGAAGAAAAUUCCAGGAGUUUUCAAUAUUCCUGGGUAUCCGAUUGUGGGUAAUUACUUUCAAUUACUCAAUAAUCCAGCAAGAAAAUGUAUGUUAUGGCAUAAGAAGUAUGGGAAAUCCAUCUUUCUGGUGAGAUUAGGUAAUAAAAGGGUGGUUGUGGUGAAUAAAUUUCAAGACGUUAAUGAUAUUUGGGGUAGAAGUGUAGUCAAUUCUCGUCCAAUACAGUUCACGUUCCAUAAUAUAGUAUCGUCAACCAAAGGAUUCACCAUUGGAACAACACCAUUUGGUCCUAGCUAUAAGGUAAGAAAACAAUUCAUGUCCCAAUUUUUAAAUGAAAAGAAUAUCAAUGCUAGUAUUGAUAUCAUAGAUAGUGAAACCAACUAUACUAUAAAGAACAUUCUUAGAAACCACCAGUUAGAUUUUCAGCCCAGUAGUAAUCCUUAUCUUCGAAAUGUCUACAACUUCGAUGAUAUUGAUUUAUAUCGAUACUUACAAUAUUUCACGUUAAGAGCUUCCAUCCUUCUUACUUAUGGAAUAAAGUUGGAUUGUUUCAACACUGAUAACUUGUUAUGUGACAAUAUCAUUGAAACAGAAAACAAAAUCAUACAACUAAGAUCUCCAAUUCUGAAUAUCACGGAUUAUUUUCCAAUUCUUAGAGUUUUUGAAUCACAUGAAGCAUCAACUUUGGCUAGACAACAUAGAGACUAUUAUAUGGAAAUUCUUCUCCAGAAGUAUAAAUCCUUCAAGGGUCCAGGGAUUUAUAAAAACAACCUAAUAAAUGAGUAUAUGACCACCAACUAUAAGAAUCUCGAUUCAACUGAGUUUCAAAGUGUUUGUUUGACUAUGAUAAGUGCAGGUUUAGACAACACCCCAUUAAAUUUGAAUCAUUUGAUUGGACACUUGACUUUACAUCCAGAGUUUCAAGCUCGAGCUUUCAAGGAACUCUUGGAAGUCUAUGAAACUUCUAAUCUUAUUGAAAUCUGGGAUAAUAUAUCUCAUAGUGUUAGUUCUCCAUUUAUAGUGGCAUUGAUCAAGGAAACUUUGAGAUAUUUCACCGUGUUACCCUUAAGUCUACCCCGAGUCACAACCAAACCUUUCAACUACCAUGGUGUGGAAAUUCCUGAAGGUACCACUUUAUUCAUGAAUGCAUUUGCAGCCAACCAUGACGAAGACAAAUUUUCGCAGCCAUUUGAAUUCAACCCUGAUCGAUGGUUACACCAAGGGAAAUUGAAAUCUAAAAACAUCGUAAACCAUUUUUCUUUUGGAAAAGGAGUCCGAAUGUGUUCAGGUAGUAUUUUAGCCUUUAAAGAGAUGUAUAUAAUAAUGUGUAAGAUGAUCAUCCUAUUUAAAUUCAAAAAACCUAGAGAUUCAAGGUAUUUAAUGGGAUUAGACCCAUUUGAAAUGAACACCAAUCCGUCAGGAACUUCAUUCGAACCUCGAGUCACUAAAGUUAAACUAGUUCCACGAGUUCAUUAUGGAUCAGACGAUUUAUUCAAUCACUUAAAACAUUAA